AUGUCUUUCCCUGCUCCCACCAAAAUUUACCGUACGCAGCCAUAUGCCGCAAUUUCCCCGUCUCGCCCAGAACUCUCAACCAAAGGGAAAAGCGCCUUUAUCUCGGGUGGUGGCGCAGGUAUCGGCGCCUCCAUCGCCAAGUCUCUCGCAAAGUCGGGCAUCGCAAGCCUCGGCCUACUAGGACGCACAGUCAAGUCCCUCGAGGAGACAAAGACGGCCGUCGAAACCCUGAACUCGGAGGCAAAGGUGUUUCUCUACACUGUCGACGUCACAGACGCCAAGGCAACCACCAACGCAGUCGCCUCCUUUGCCAGCUCUGUCAAUGGAGGCAAGAUCGACAUCCUCGUUGCCAACGCAGCUUACAUGUCCGACCUCAAGACCAUCGCCGACUCCGAACCCGAUGACUGGUGGCGUGCUUUCGAAAUCUCUGUCCGCGGCAACUUCAACCUCCUCCGCGCAUUUCAGCCCGUCGCGAAGACCAAUGCUGCGGUGAUCCACAUCUCCACGGCCGCCAUCCAUCUCCCCUACAUGUUUGGCUUCUCCUCCUACCGCGCCUCCAAGAGCGGUGCGACGAAAUUGUUUGAGUACUUCCGCGAUGAAAACCCGGGUUUCUUCGUGCUUCAGGUGCACCCAGGUCUCAUUGGCGGCACGGCCAUGUCGGAGAAGUUUGCGCCGACCGUGGAGGAGUUUGGGCUCACGUACGACGAUAUUGCCCUGCCCGGGGAUUUUGUCGUGUGGGCUCUCAGCGAGGAAGCCAAGUUCUUGAAUGGGCGGUUUGUUCACGCGAACUGGGAUGUCGAGGAGCUGGUGGCGCUGAAGGAAAGUCUUGAGAAGGAUCAGAGUCGGUUUACGAUUGGGUUGCAAGGCUGGUACUAG